CUCCGGGCAGGCACCGCGGCUCCCGAUAAGCUCCCACGACGCCGGGUCGGGGGGCGCAGCGUCAGCACGGCGUGGGCUGUGCCUUUGGCUUGUUGAAGGGCGAUGGAGAGUCAGGCGGCACCUGGAGGAGUAGCCAUAGCCCCGUGACAGAGGCUCGGGGUGGGCGCGGCGCCCGCUGAUCCCCCUGGGACUCGGGGGCCCAGUCCAAGAAAAAAGGUCUGAGCUUUGAGGAGAAGAGAGCUCGCAUGAUGGAGAUCUUUUUUGAAACAAAAGAUGUGUUCCAGUUGAAGGAUAUAGAGAAGAUUGCUCCAAAAGAAAAAGGGAUUACCUCGAUGUCAGUGAAAGAGAUUCUGCAAAGCCUGGUUGACGAUGGCAUGGUGGACACUGAUAGAAUUGGAACUUCCAAUUAUUUCUGGGCUUUUCCAAGUAAAGCUCUUCAUGCCAGGAAGCGUAAAUUGGAGGAGUUGGAGUCUCAGUUUGCUGAAAGCAGUCAGAAAAAAGAAGCUUUACAAAAAAGCAUUGAGAAAUCAAAAAUUGGACGUGAAGAUACUGCAGAACGUGCAGCUCUGAUGGAGGAACUUGCUGCCCUUCGGCAGAAAAAAGAGCAGCUAAAGGCAGAAAUAGACAAAUACAGAGAAUGUGAUCCAGAUGUCGUUGAAGAAAUGCGCCAAACAAACAAAGUGGCCAAGGAGGCAGCCAAUAGAUGGACCGAUAACAUCUUUUCAAUAAAGUCCUGGGCCAAACGUAAAUUUGGAUUUGAAGAGAGCAGAAUUGAUAAAGGUUUUGGAAUCCCGGAAGAUUUGGAUUACAUUGAUUAGUGUUCUCUUGAUGACUGACACAGUUGUACAUAAUUUGUUAUAUAUUUGCAGUUUGCAUUUAAAUGUGUAUCUAAGUCCUCUCCAAAAAACUGACCAUCCUUUAAUUUGCUGUUUUUGUUAAAGUUAAUAAAAUUGUAAAAAUAUUUGUUGCA